CCCCUUCAGACAGAGCAGUGUGAGCCGCCAGUUAAGACACACACACCCACACUAACAGGCACACAGACAUAGACAUACAGGCAGGCGCGCACAGCACACGUCGUGCCUACAGCAGAGCAACUUUGUGCACUGGAGCUUCACGGAGACACAAACUGGUCUGCAUAUACAGAUACAUAUCUAGCGUUUUAAGCGGACAAGAGGACAGCGUGGAAGUGAGGGACAGAGAGGAGAGGAGCAAGCAUCUAAAUGGCCAACAUUGUGACGUCGGUGUGCUACGUGGUGCUCGCAGCUGUGGUGGUGGUGUAUGCCCAGCGACGUGGCCAGCAAGGAGGCAGGAUUCAGUAUGGGAGGAUCGACAGCAAUGUGACAAUGCAGUGUGGCUCUCUGGACAAUGACGCCUCAGUGACGUGGAAGGUGAACGGGACAGAUGUGAAGGCCAAGCGGAGGGAGGAAGGGCCACGACUUAUCCUCCUGGAGGUGGACAUGAGUAACAACGGCCUUUACAGCUGUUUCCAGAAUCCUGAUGGCCAAAGGCGAGACCAGAUCACGCUUCGCAUCGGACUUCCUCCGAGGGAACCGCAGGUGACGUGCCGAUCAAACACGUACCCCAAGGGCUUCUACUGCAGUUGGCACCUCUUGCAUCCCACAUACAUCCCUACUGAAUUUGAAGUCGACGUCCAACACAACCAGAAGUCUCUAGAAGUGAAGAGGGACGACAUCCAUAAGAACAGAUGCCAUGUGAAGUUUCCUGAGCUCUUCUCUAGUUAUCCUUACCAAGUCAACGUCACAGCAAUCAACGAGCUCGGGAGAGCAUCCACGGCAAUCAGCUUCGAGGAGUCCAACAUGGUGAAACCAGAUCCUCCAGAGAAGGUGGUGGCCAGACCCAUUACUUACAACGCACGCAGGCUUGAGGUGACCUGGAACGGCCCGUCCACAUGGCCAGAUAUCGAAUCAUUCCCUCUGAAGUACUUCCUGCGUUAUCGUCCGCUGAUCAGAGACCAGUGGCAGCAUGUGGAGCUCUCAGACAGCACCUCCCACACCAUCACAGACGCUUACGUGGGGAAGGAGUACAUCAUCCAGGUGGCUGCUAAGGACAUGGAGAUCGGCACCUGGAGCGACUGGAGCGUGGCUGUGCAUGCAACACCCUGGACAGAGGAACCCAAACCUAUCACUUCCACCACGGAGGUAGACUUGCCCAUAGAGACCACUCCAUCUGCUGCCCCACCAUCACCUAGACCCAGAGUGGGUGUCGCUACAGGAGGUUGCAGUGCCCUCCUCUGCUCAUCCCAUAUCCUCCUGGCGUGUGUCCUGCUGUCCAUGAUGUGAUGCUUAUAAUUCAUUCCUGUGGAAAGUCUUCUAGUUCUAUUUUGCACAUCUAAAUGGAUUUCGUGCAUUGAUAAUUUAAUUCAAGUUUUUUUUCUCUCACAAAAAGAAAAAAAUAGUAAGAUUAAUAAAUGAUGACAUUAAGAAUGGAAGGGGAAAAAGAACUGAAAUGCAUCACGGGCAGCGCGGCUGAAGGUGGAGUGAGCGCAGACACGGUACUCUGAACCCCAGGGAAGCUAAACAUAUGGGGUCACAUGAGUCAACAGGCUUCUGUCUCACAGCAGCACAACAAUGAAAAUGAAAAACAAACAGAGCAUCCUUCCUUCUUUCCCCUUUGACUUUUUUUUUUUUAACAAAUCAGAGCCUUUUUUUGAUGUUUUGCACACACUGGAGACAGUGGUACAAGCUCAACCUUUGUGUGUCAUGAAAUUCAGCAGCAUACAGCUAACUGGUCAUGCCAAAGACGUGGAGAUUUCUCUUUCCCACGAUCCUUAGCUUCCCCAAGCCUGUGUCUCUGCGAGGGACUGGAAGCUGCGGCGCUCAAUCUCCAUCCAGCAAACUGGAGCUUCAUAGACUGAGGACUAACAAACUUAGAAUGAAGGUCAUCAUUUUGAUUGAUUUUCUCUUUACAGCAUUUAGCUUUCUUUCUUACUUACUUUCUUUCUUUCUUUCUUUUUUCUUUCUUUUUUUUAUUUUUCUUUAUUGUAAUUGGCCCUUGAUAAUGAGAGGCUGAAAGACAGACGCUUACACACACACACACACACACACACACACACACACACACACACACACACACACACACACACACACACACACACAAUAAAAACAGUGUCUUACUUCAUGGUGGUGUACUGGACUGAAAUUUUUAAAUGGAAUAAUCAUGAAUUGUAUCUGAUCAAUCAGUUUAUUAGUUCUAUGUAGAACCACUUUUAUCACUUAAGUCCAUAUGCCUUUUUUUUGUCAGACUUUAAUAGCCAAUGUCCAAAUUUUCUGUUUCUUUAUUCAAGGAAUAUUGUUGUGAUUUUAUCUUUUUUUUUUUUUUGGUGUUUGUUUGUUUGUUUAUUACGCAACAUACAUAUAGCAUCUUAGUUUAUUUUCUCAUUGACAAUUGCUUAAUUCUCCACGAUCAUAUUUUGUAAACUACGAUAUGUAUCUUUAACAUGAAAAAAAAAAUACUUUAUUAUUUAAUAAUGUAUGUAUUAGCCUUAGAUUCUUGUAACCUGUAUCUGGGUUCUUUUUAUAGAUGUAUAUAAAACAAGAGGUUCUUCAUUAAAUGUGACCAUUUCACAAUGAGUUGGACCGAUCGAUCA